CUUUUUCAUCGCCGUAAAGCCACUCGCACGACCCGUUGUCGGUUUCGUUCGGUUUCGCUAACUUGCAGACGCGUGAUCAAUUUAAUUAUCUUCUGCAACGAUGUCGUCCACUGACCAGCAAGCCUCAACGGCUACCACGGGGCAACCGCAUCUGCAGCAGCAGGAUCUUUCGAAAUUGGAUAUUACAAAGCUGACACCGCUUUCGCCGGAAGUUAUUUCUCGCCAGGCCACUAUCAAUAUCGGCACUAUUGGCCAUGUAGCGCACGGAAAGUCGACUGUUGUUAAAGCCAUCUCCGGCGUACAGACGGUCCGUUUCAAAAACGAGUUGGAGCGAAAUAUCACCAUCAAGCUGGAACUCCUGUCCCCGGAGCUAAUACACAAACUUACCACCGAUAGUGAAGCAUUGAAAGGGUUUAUUAAAAAAACCCACGAACGUUACAAGCCUAUGGGGUAUGCCAGCUGUCCGAGGGGCACUACCCCCACCGUUGCUACCAGCAACGGAAAAGGACAAAGAAAGCGUAAACUUUCGGACGAAGCGCUGGCAAUUAGUCCGUCUAAGUUGGGCGAUUUCAGCUCCCAGAUGAAGCAGGCUAAAAUCAUGGAUUUCUUUAACAAAUCACCACCUCUCCGUGUGGCUACCAUUACGACUGAGGCGAAUACUGAAGCGGCGAAUGCCAAACAAGAUAGUGCAGAAAUUAAGAAAGAUAACAUAGAGGCGGCAUGUAAGGCGGAGGUGCUAUCGAUGGGCUCCCGUACAUCUUUGCCAGCAGGGUUGCGGAAGGAGGGAAUCAUGAACCCCGGCGAGGCAACAGCAACCGCACGGCAAACUAUAGAAGGAUUCGUAGGAAGGAGAUCAAUGGCUGCGUCACCGUCGCGCAGCUCGUCCGAUUCUGCAACGAACGAACAACGCAUCGCGGUGUUUCGGCGUGUGUCAAUGCACGAACUUCCCAGUUCUUCUCCUCCCAGUACCAAAUCUAAGUCUAAGGUGAAAACCCCGCAAAGCUCGUCGGCAAAACCUUCCUCCUGCUCGUCCUCGCGUGGAGCUCCAAAAAAAUCACACAAAAAAUCAUCCGACGAAGAGUACGAGGUUCGGUCGAUCGAGGAUAUUCAGAUCGUACGGUCGGAUCCUUACUUCCUGAUCAAAUGGAAGGGCUACGAUGAUAGCCACGCCACGUGGGAACCACUGGAGCAUCUGCGCAGCUGCAACAUGCUGAACGAUUUUCUUCAGGAACAGCUCGAUCGCGUGAAGGAUGUUGUGGCGGAAAUCGAGGAACAGAUCGAACAGUGUGAAGAGUACCUGCAGGUUUUGCAUACCCAUCAGUCCGGACUCAAGACGGCGUACGAAAUCUUCACCGAGUAUGAGCAGUACGACUGGAGCCAGGUGUGUGCCGAUUUGAUCGUAAUGGCCAAGUUAAAGAUGCACAAAUCGCACCGGAAAAACAUCUGGAAUCGGAUCGUGCAGGCCAAGUGCUGGGAGCUUUCGUUCAACAAGCGACACCAGCAGCUCUUACUGUUGCAGCGGUUCGAAAACCUCAUCAACUCACAGGAACCGACCUGCAAGGUGAUAGUGAUAAACGAUCAGGAUCUGGAUGAACCACCGAGCAACUUUACCUACCUGCGGACCAACAUUGCGACCGAAGGGAUUGCAAUACCGAACGAUCCUCCCUAUGGUUGCAUGUGCAAUCCGUGCAACUCGCGAGCCGAAUCCUGCUGCGGCAAAAUGGCCGGUGGCCGUUUCGCCUACAGCAGUGGCAAGCGUCGUUUGGCACUCAAACCUGGUGCACCGAUCUACGAGUGCAACAAGCGAUGUAGCUGCGGUCCCGAUUGCCCAAACCGGGUGGUACAACAUGGUAGCCGAUGUAACUUGACGCUUUUCAAGACGAACAAUGGCCGCGGCUGGGGUGUGCGAACGAACGUCGUCAUUUACGAGGGGCAGUACAUCUCGGAGUAUUGCGGUGAGGUGAUCGCGUACGAGGAAGCAGAAAAGCGUGGCCGCGAAUAUGAUGCGGUCGGUCGGACCUACCUGUUCGAUCUGGACUUCAAUGGAGCGGACAAUCUGUACACGCUAGAUGCGGCCCGCUAUGGGAACAUUUCGCGCUUUUACAAUCACUCGUGCGACCCGAACUGUGGCAUCUGGUCAGUGUGGAUCGAUUGUCUCGAUCCGAAUCUGCCCCUGUUGGCCUUUUUCGCUUUGCGGCGUAUCGAGCCCGGCGAAGAGCUUACCUUCAACUAUCACUCGCAGAUCGGUGGCCAGAGUAGCAGCAGCGCCGCUAGUGAUGGUCCUGCUAGUGGUAGUGUGCCUGAUGAAGUCGAAAAGACCAACGGUUUACCCUCCGUCCAAAGUGCGUCGAAUGUCUGCUCUCCAAAUAGCAAACUCAAGCAGUCGAAUAGUAGUCAUCCACCCACACCGAGAAAGAACGUCUCCAUACCCACCGAAUGUCUUUGCGGCAGUGCAAACUGUCGAAAGUUUAUCUUUUAGAAACAAAUUCCCUCGAAUUUCGGUAGUUUGAUAGUGAUUUCAUUUUAAACCAUUUACUAUCAUAUAAGCUUCGAUAGGGGUAUGCUUUGUGUAACAUCGUGGUACUAAAAGCAAGUACUAACGAGUGAGCGAGCAGGCGAAAGAGAGAGGAGAGAGAGAUAUAUAGUGAAAGAAAGAAACGGACAAAGUAGGACCGUAAAAUUGUUUUUACUUCGAACAAAUAAAGUGGCGUCAAAUGAUGGAAUGUUAACUUCCCAUUUUUUUUUAUAAACAAACAUACGCAGCGAUAUACAAUUUUGUUUGCUUCAAGUUUAUACAUC